AUGAAUAGAUCUACCUCGGGCGUCAUCCAGGUGUUCUACCUGAUGCUCACCCUGAUAGCCGCCAAGACCGUAGCCAGCGAGGGUCCCGGUGCGACCCAUCCCAGCUCCAAGCUUCUAAUUGGCUUCCAGGCUCCGUGGAAUACGUCGUUUCCAUUUAGUGCCCAGCGUCUGGGCUCGGCCAUCCAGAUCGCCGUAGACAAAGUCAACUCAAACCCUUCUUUUUUGGGAAACUACACCUUGGGCUUCAUCUACAUGGACACAGCCUGCAGUCCUAAAAUGUCUUUAGGGGGCUUUAUACAACAGGUGUGGCGAGACAACGUGUCGGCUGUCUUUGGACCGGCAUGUCCUGAAGAAGCAGAGGUGACGGGCCUGAUAGCCUCCACGUGGAACAUCCCAAUGUUCGGCUUCGUGGGCCAGUCGUCCAAGAUGGACAACGCCAACGUAUAUGACUCAUUCAUCAACGUGGUGCCGCCGCUCAAGAGGAGCUCGGAGGUACUGGUGAAGACCUUGGAGUUCUUCGGCUGGACGCACGUGGCCAUGAUUGGCGGCGGCCUGGACUCCAACACGUGGGAUAAAGUGGACGCGCUAUGGAAAACAGUGGAGAUGCCACUGAGGUCAAAGUUCAAGCUGACAGCCGCCGUCAAAUUUGACACCAGCGACCAGCGUCUGGUUUACCGUAACGUCAAAUACAUUGCGACUGUGGCUAGAGUGAUCGUAGUCUUGACUAACAAGGAGGACGCUAUGACGUUGCUGCUCGAGGCCGAGCGCCAGGGUCUGAUGGGAGGCGACUACGUUUUCUUCCUGGUGCAACAUUUUGAGGACAACGUGUGGAAAUACUCUAUGGACGGGAAAAUAAACCAGGCAGCACUCCGAGCCUUCGACAUGACAUUCAUCAUCGGCCAAAAGUCGUACGACGGCUACGAGUACUACGACUUCUUUGAGCAGGUGUUCGAGCGACUCCAAGGACCUCCGUUCCACAGCAACCUGACCUCUGAGAGAGAAGUGAGCACCUACUCGACAUAUCUGCACGACGCCGUGUUGCUCUACGCCAUGGCCUUGAAGGAGAUCCUGAAAGAUGGCAAGGACCCUCGCGAUGGACGUCAGGUUCUGCAGAAAAUGAAGAACAAGAAUAGCAUUCGCUUCUAUGGAGCUUCCGGACUGGUCCAUUUUGAUGAGGAUGGGGAGAGAAAUCUAGACUAUUCCAUUUAUGACCUGCAAUACACAAGGGACGAUGCAACGUUUGUGCCGGUCCUUCAUUUUGACAGCCACAGCAAAAGCAUACGGCCAACACCCACGUUUGCCGCAGUGACGUGGCCCAAAGGAAGACCCCCGUCUGACAACCCUGAGUGUGGCUUCAACAACGAGCUGUGUGAAUGGUUGAGUAACGAUAUCGCUCUGCUGUCUCUGCUGAUCACGUUCCCUAUUAUCGGCGCUUUGGCCGUGCUGGGCAUUGGCGUCCUGCUGUUGCAGAAGCUUCGCCUCCAGACCAGCCUGGAGGACUCACGCUGGUGGCUCAUCGACUACAGUGACAUCAAUGUCAUCAGAGAGAGCGGCCAUGGUUUGUCGUUGAGCACUACCAGGAGUCUAAGCGGCAGCGGAGGCUCACACUCCACAUUGUCUACCAAUAGCUACGUUUUCAGGGACAAGAUGGGCAAAGAGCACUUCUACGCCACCAUAGGCCUUUACCAGGGGAAUUACGUGGCCAUCAAGUACAUCAAGAACGACGUUCGGGAAAAGCUCCAGAAGGCCUCCGUCGUCGCAGAGUUCAAUGUGAUGAAGGAGAUGAAACAUGAGAACCUGGUGCAUUUCUUCGGCGCGUGCGUUGAGCCGCCCAAUGUCUGUCUCGUCACUCAGUACUGCAGAAAAGGCAGCCUGAAGGAUGUUUUGAUGGCUUCUGACGUGGAGCUGGAUGGGAUGUUUAAGCUUUCCUUCGCUUUCGAUAUCGUAAACGGAAUGGACUUCAUCCACAAGAGUAGCCUCAAGUUCCACGGCAAUCUUAAGACCAGCACCUGCAUGGUGGACAGCCGGCUGCAGGUCAAACUCUCCGGCUUCGGACUGUGGGAGUUUAAAUAUGGUGUUGGAGGCAACCGUGGUCUGCCAGGAACUCCCAAAUAUGAAGCCUUGUUCUGGACAGCUCCGGAACUGUUGAGAAAAGUCGACCCCACAGUCAAUGGGACCCAAAAAGGGGACGUCUACAGCUUUGCCAUCAUCCUCUGGGAGCUCAUGUACAGCUCCAAAAGUGGGCCGUACCAGGAUGAAAACCUAGAGCCUAAAGAGAUCAUCACGAGGCUGCAGGGGCCGUUCCGCGGCGAGCCUCUAAGACCGGCUUUGUCCGACCUGUGCGACAACAACAUCAACGCGCUGCUCAGGGUCUGCUGGAAUGAAAACCCCGACCACAGACCGCCAUUUAGGACCAUUUUGAGACAACUGAAGGAGGCCAGCCCAGAAAGCCACGCAAACAUUCUGGACAACAUGGUAGAGAAGCUAGAAAAAUAUGCCAAUCACCUGGAGGAAGUGGUGGGGGAGAGAACCAAUCAACUGGUUGCUGAAAAGACUCGUGCUGACAAGCUUCUCUCCAGCAUGUUGCCGAGGUACAUUGCAGACCAGUUGAUGGCUGGGAAAUCGGUGGAGCCUCGAAGUUACGACGUGGUGAGCAUCUUCUUCUCCGACAUAGUGGGCUUCACCUCUAUGUGCGCCGACAGCUCGGCCAUGGAGGUCGUCAUGUUCCUCAACGACCUCUACAGCCUCUUUGAUGACAUUAUCAGGAUGUAUGAUGUCUACAAGGUGGAAACCAUCGGUGACGCCUACAUGGUGGCCAGCGGUUUGCCCAUCACCAACGGCCAACAGCACGCCGUGGAGAUCGCUACCAUGGCCUUGCACUUUGUAAGUGCCAUCAAGCACUUCCGGAUACGCCACAUGCCCGCUGUGAGUCUGGCCAUCCGCAUCGGCAUCCAUUCAGGUCCUGUGGUUGCCGGCGUGGUCGGAAGCACGAUGCCUCGCUACUGUUUGUUUGGUGACACGGUCAAUAUGGCAUCUCGCAUGGAGAGCAACAGCUUACCCUUGAAGAUUCACAUCUCUCAGCACACUGCUGACAUUCUGACCCGAGUGGGAUCAUUUGAGCUGGAGGAGAGGGGAGAGAUUGAAAUGAAGGGUAAGGGCCAUCAUAAGACCUACUGGCUGUUGAGCAAACAGGGUUUUAACCCACCUUUACUGGCCGCUCAAGGGACUGCACAGCCAGACGCAAGCCUCCAGCUGGCAGCAGAGAAAACAGGAGAUUUCAGAGCUGCGGACCAAAAGGCCAAGAAUCCCACUGGCGAGGAUGCAGUCCUGCCUUUAGUUGACAUUUAG